AAUCAAUAACAAGAAAAAUCCUAUAAAGCUUGAGCUAGGAUAUUGUUGGCCUUCUUGGGUUUUUCUGUUUAGAGCUUAAAAAUAAUUCUUAGAGCUUAAAAACAAUCAGAAUUGUUCAAUGUGUGCAAUAUAAUAAAAAAUAUAUUUGGAAAUAAAAUAUUACGUGUUAUUUGCAGAAACAGAACCAAAGUCAAUAAACUCGAUAUCUAUUUUCCGAAACAGUCGACCUAUAUAUCCUAUAUAGUUUAUUUCGAGGUUUCUUUUAUUUCAACAGUGUCCUGGAUUAAUAUUCUACUUUACUUGUGUUGUCCUAAAUUAAGACUACUGGACCAUAGUUAUAAGACAACUGUAGUGAAAAAAUCAAACAUUCCUGUUGACAUAAAAAUGCAAAAUAUAGCGAAGUUGAUAACGGAGCAACUUCGCAACCCAAACGAACUUGAUAUUAGCUUAAGAAUGGAGUUUGGACCAUUUGAGACAGUCCAUAAAUGGAAACGAAUGUCUGAAUGUUAUGAAUUUGUUGGGGCAAGGCGAAGUAAACACACUGCAGUUGCUUACAAAGAUGCAAUAUAUGUAUUUGGUGGUGACAAUGGCAAAUCUAUGCUCAAUGAUCUUAUAAGAUUUGAUAUAAGAGAAAAAUCUUGGACAAAGACUGGAUGUAUGGGUACUCCCCCUGCCCCAAGGUAUCAUCAUUCUGCUGUGGUACACAGAUCAUCAAUGUUUGUUUUUGGCGGAUACACUGGCAACAUAUUGGCGAACUCAAAUCUGACUAAUAAAAAUGAUCUAUUUGAAUACAAGUUCCAAAGUGCUCAGUGGGUACAGUGGAAAUUUACUGGCCAAGAACCAGUACCUCGAUCAGCUCAUGGUGCUGCUGUUUAUGAUGAUAAGCUGUGGAUAUUUGCUGGCUAUGAUGGAAACGCCCGACUGAAUGACAUGUGGACAAUUAACUUAGUUGGCGAGAACCACCAAUGGGAGUGCGUGGAGCAGAAGGGCGACUGUCCCCCGACGUGCUGCAACUUCCCGGUGGCCGUCGCGCGGGGGAAGAUGUUCGUCUUCAGCGGCCAGAGUGGAGCCAAGAUCACCAACGCUCUCUUCCAGUUCGACUUCGAGACGCACACCUGGAGCCGCGUGUACACGGAGCACCUGCUGCGCAGCGCGGGCCCGGCGCCGGUGCGGCGCUACGGACACAUCAUGCUGCACCACGACCGCCACCUGUACGUGGUGGGGGGCGCCGCCGACAGCACGCUGCCCUCCGACCUGCACUGCUACGACCUGGACACGCUCGAGUGGUCGGUGGUGCACCCGGCGCCCGAGUCGCAGGUCCCGCCGGGGCGGCUGUUCCACGCGGGCGCCGUGGUGGGCGACGCCAUGUACAUCUUCGGCGGGACCGUCGACAACAACGUGCGCAGCGGGGAGCUCUACCGCUUCCAGCUUUCAAACUACCCUCGAUGUACGCUUCACGACGACUUCGGGCGAAUCCUGAAAUCCGAGCAGUUCUGCGACGUGACCCUUCUGGUGGGUGCCGACAAAACGGAAGUGUUCGCUCAUCAGGCAAUGCUAGCUGCGAGAUCGCAGUACCUUAGAGCUAAAAUUAAGGAAGCGAAAUUAGCUCUCGCUAAACGUAUAGCGGCUGGCGAGGAAAAGGCAAAGGAGUGCACGUACAAGUCCCGCCCCCAGCUCACCGUCAUGCUGCAGGAGGCGACACCCGAGGCGUUCAACAUGGUCCUCAACUACAUCUACACGGACAGAAUCGAUCCAACCGAAAUAGACGAGGAGCCCGCGUCGCCCGCCACCAUGCUGCUGGUGCUGGAGGUGCUGCGGCUGGCGCUGCGGCUCAACGUGCCGCGCCUGCGCGGGCUGUGCGCGCGCUACCUGCGCGCCAACCUGUGCUACGCCAACGUGCUGCCCGCGCUGCACGCCGCGCACCGCGCGCAGCUCGCCUGCAUCAAGGAGGACUGCCUCAGGUUCGUCGUAAAAGACUACAAUUUCACGGCCAUCGUGAUGUCACCUGAAUUUGAGCAAAUGGACCAUGGGUUAAUGGUGGAGGUCAUUCGUCGCCGGCAACAACCUACGAGCAAGAUGUCCUCCCACAACGAACAGGAGGACGAAAUCGUCGGCACGACGCUGGAGCAGGACAUGAGCGUGUUCGUGGGCGGCGGCGGAGCGGAGCUGGCGGACGUGAAGCUGCGCGUGGGCGGCGCCGCCCGGCCCGCGCACCGCUCCAUCCUGGCCGCGCGCGCCGCCUACUUCGAGGCCAUGUUCCGCUCCUUCUCGCCGCACGACAACGUCGUCAACAUUCAAAUAUGCGACACGGUGCCGUCAGAAGAAGCCUUCGACUCCUUGCUACGAUAUAUUUACUAUGGCGACACCAACAUGCCUACCGAGGACUCAUUGUACCUGUUCCAAGCACCUAUAUACUAUGGUUUCACCAACAAUCGUCUCCAAGUGUUCUGCAAACAUAACCUGCAAAACAAUGUCUCACCGGAGAAUGUACUCGCCAUCUUACAAGCUGCGGACCGUAUGAGGGCAACUGAUAUAAAGGAGUACGCUCUCAAGAUGAUCGUCCAUCAUUUCGAUCAGGUGGCCCGCCAAGAAGCUAUUAAGAAUCUCGCACAGCCUCUUCUAGUGGACAUAAUAUGGGCACUUGCUGAUGAGCCACGAGUCGACACCCCACUCCCCCUCCAACCCCGCUCCCUGCCCGCAUCCACGUCGGCCGACACACUCACAGAGGAUGCAGAAUAUAAACGACAUAGAAUGGGCAACUAGUGAAAAUUGUACCUAAAUAUUGGUAUUAUGUUCAACAAGAGAUAACAAGGUUGUUGCACUGUAAAGUAUUUAAGUGAAAACUUUAAUUUAACUUUAUGUAUAAUGAAGGGGCUUAUUAACAAAUAAUAUGCGACAACCCCGUUCUUAGACCUUGGUGACUCGUUGUCUUUAAUAUACUAACUAGGAUAUGUUAAAUAUGCAAGACGCUUUGUACAUAUCCACUCUACAACGGGUGACAUUUGUUAAUUAAUUUAUUACUUUGUUAAAUGUAUGGUGUUGGGAUAGGAUUGUCAAUUUGGGACUGAGUCGCAUGUAUUAUAUUACCAAAGUAAAUGCAUAUGUAUAAAGACUUAUUUUAGCUCCAAGCAGUAUUAUUGUUUUUUAGAAUAACAAAUGGUACUUCGUGUUUAAAUCAUUAGAAAUGCUGAGACAGUAGGGUUAGCUUAAGUUACCCCAAUAUCAGUUUAUAGGUCUCAAGAACUUGUAUCAUCAUUGUAUACAAUAUGAUAUAUUAGAAAUAAAAAAAAUUGAAGAAAAGGGUGUAUUCAUGAGAAAAACGAUGUAUGAUAGCAUUGUACAGCAUUUUAUAAUCUAAACCUUUAAAUCCAGAUUCAGCUUAACAGAAUGUGUACAACGGGACAAGGAGGACAAAACACUAAAACUAUACUUUAUACUCGUCUUAUCUUUGUAAUCUACAGAAUAUUUAGUAAGAGAUACAUCUGUAUAGUAAAAAUGCUUUUUAUUGAAUGAUUAUUUACACAAUGUCAUACGA